AUGUAUUCAUCUACCCUUAGAGUUGUUCCUCCGGGCUAUUAUGACUUGCCAAAGCUUGAAUACACAGGAAGAGUAAUGCUCCCACUCGAAGCAAUUGCUCAAAUCCACAAUAAUUUCGAUAAUGGACCAACAAUUUCAGUUUUCUGCAUUACUAAUACCAGAACAAAGCAAAAAGUAUAUGCUGGUAUGGCUCCAAGCGAUUCACGAGAUGGUGAUAUCGUUAUGCCGCUCUGGAUGAUGGAUUUCCUUGGUGCAAACCAAGGCGAUAUGGUCAGAGUGCAAUCAGCAAGACCACCGAAUGGCAGAUCCGCUACCUUCCAGCCAUUAGAUUCUUCAUUCAAUAAAAUCUCAGAUCCAGUUACUGUUUUAAGCAAAAGUUUACGUGAUUUCCCUGUACUUACACAAGGAUCAAUUCUUCCUAUAGAUUUCGCUAAGCGCAUCUACAAACUCAGAGUUCUCAAAACAGAACCUUCUGAUGGAAUUUUAAUCAAUAAUGUCAACUUGAACACAGAAUUCGCACCACCCGAUACAGAUUUCAAGCACAGAUGGCUUGAACCAGAUACUGAUUCCGAUCAAUUCGAAGAACUUAAAGAACAUCACGGAAAAACAAUUCGUGGCAAGGAAAUUACCUAUAAAGACGAAAGAAAAGUAUUACAUCCAUCAUUUGCUGAUCGUGAAAAAGAGCGCAAUCAGCCUGGCUACGUUCCAAGUGUUUUAAUCUUCAAAGAAGGCGAUUUCGUCGAACCAGAAGAUAACUCUGGCUCAAAGAUGGUCGAAAUGGAAAAGGCAAAAUACAAGGCCCAGGAAGAAAACAUUUUCGUUGGCCAAGGCCGAAGAAUCGGAAAAACAAAAUCACAAUCUACAGAUAAACUUAAUUCUUCCAACGAUAAUCUUAGAUCUGCAGGUUCAUCGAACAGCAACUUGAAAGCUGCAGCAGAAGAACAGGAAGAACCACAAAAACCAAAAACAAUUUUCUACGGAGUCGGAAGAUCAAUUAACGGCCAUAAAGUACAGGGCGAAAAAGCUCCUCCUAAACAUGAAGAGCCAAAGGAAGAAACUCCGGUUCUUCAAUCCUCAAUUUUCGGAACAGGAAAGACCUUGAGAGGCCGAAUUCACGAAUUCGAUAAACCAAAGGAACCAGAAGCAGAUCCAUCGGCUCUUUACGGAAAACAUGAAGAAAAUCACCAAGAUACAACAUUCAAAGGAAAACCAAAGACAAUUAGGAAUUAA